AUGCCGUCAAACUUUCCGACAACGACAACAAAAAUGAUGACCAUUCAACCCUCAACACUCAACAUUCCGGUGCACAUUGCAUUCGACAUUUCGCCUCCCAAAGAAGGUGACCGUAUCAUUAGUCUCACCCUCAUUCAACAAAAGUCAGGUAUUCGGUCAAUCGACAUUCGGCCGAUCGACAUUCGACCGAUCGACAUUCAACCGAUCGACAUUCGACCGAUCAACAUUCAAUCGAUCGACAUUCGACCGAUCGACAUUCAGCCAAUUGGCUUUCGGUCAAUCGUCAUUCGAUCGAUCGUCAUUCGGCCAAUCGUCAUUCGCCAAUCGUCAUUCGGCCAAACGUCAUUCGACCAAUCGUCAUUCGACCAAUCGUCAUUCGGCCAAUCAUCAUUCGGCCAAUCGUCAUUCGGCCAAUCGUCAUUCGGCCAAUCGUCAUUCGGCCAAUCGUCAUUCGGCCAAUCGUCGUUCGGCCAAUCGUCAUUCGGCCAAUCGUCAUUCGACCAAUCGUCAUUCGACCAAUCGUCAUUCGGCCAAUCGUCAUUCGGCCAAUCGUCAUUCGGCCAAUCGUCAUUCGGCCAAUCGUCAUUCGGCCAAUCGUCGUUCGGCCAAUCGUCAUUCGGCCAAUCGUCAUUCGGCCGAUCGUCAUUCGGCCAAUUGUCAUUCGGCCAAUUGUCAUUCGACCAAUCGUCAUUCGACCAAUCGUCAUUCGACCAAUCGUCAUUCGACCAAUCGUCAUUCGACCAAUCGUCAUUCGACCAAUCGUCAUUCGACCAAUCGUCAUUCGACCAAUCGUCAUUCGACCAAUCGUCAUUCGACCAAUCGUCGUUCGACCAAUCGUCAUUCGACCAAUCGUUAUUCGACCAAUCGUCAUUCGACCAAUCGUCAUUCGACCAAUCGUCAUUCGACCAAUCGUCAUUCGACCAAUCGUCAUUCGACCAAUCGUCAUUCGACCAAUCGUCAUUCGACCAAUCGUCAUUCGACCAAUCGUCAUUCGGCCAAUCGUCAUUCUGCCAAUCGUCAUUCGGUCAAUCGUCAUUUGGCCAAAUGGCAUUCGACCCAUCGUCAUUCGGUCAAUCGUCAUUCGGCCAAUCGUCAUUUGGCCAAAUGGCAUUCGACCAAUCGUCAUUCGACCAAUCGUCAUUCGACCAAUCGUCAUUCGACCAAUCGUCAUUCGACCAAUCGUCGUUCGACCAAUCGUCAUUCGACCAAUCGUCAUUCGGCCAAUCGUCAUUCUGCCAAUCGUCAUUCGGUCAAUCGUCAUUUGGCCAAAUGGCAUUCGACCCAUCGUCAUUCGGUCAAUCGUCAUUCGGCCAAUCGUCAUUUGGCCAAAUGGCAUUCGGCCAAUUGACCCAUUCGGCCGAAUGGCUUUCGGCCAGUUGA